GGGCGGAUCCAGAAACCGGCUGAGAGAAGCUGGGCCGGAAGCAUGGCCUGGAAAAGGCGGGACAGGAAGCGGGGCGAAGCGGUAGUGGCCUGAGAGGGGAGGAAGAAGCAAGGCCGGAGAAGGGCGGGAGCGCGAGCUGCCUGGGAGGGAAGGAACAGCCGGAAGUAGGGAGGAUAGGAGCAACCAGAAGUGGGGCGGGGCGCAGGCGAGAGGGAGAGCCGGACUGGGCGGAAAGCCUUUGCGGGAGGAGCGAGUGGCUGAGGAAAAAGGGUGGGACCAGAAAGCAGAAGGGAGGUGGCUGACUGAGAAAGGAGGUGGGGUCGGAAGCGGUCUCCGAGCGUCGGCCCGCCGUCGCCAUGGAGACCGUGAACCAGCAGCCCGCGGAGUCCGGAGUGACCCCGCAGUCCAAGACCCUCCUGGAAUCCACGGAGCCGAUGUCUCAGCAUACGUCCGUGACACUGUCGGUGCCGGUGUCGACGACUGCGUGGUCCUUGGAACGUCCAUACUCGCCGACCCCAGGCCUGGAUCCGAGCCGGAGCGGGGCCGGCAGCUCCCUGAGCCCGUACCAAGGCUACAGUGGCAGCAAGGAGACCAGCAGCAGCAGCCCCAACGCCCCGAUCCCCGGCCUCAUCGGCAGCAGCAGCACCUACGAAGAUGUCGGGAGUAGCCGCGAGUUUACCCUGCGGAACUCCCCCGAGCCCCCGCUGCUGCGUCUGCGGCCCACGUCCGUGCAGACUCAGGACAUCUCCUACCUGCUGACGCACCUCUUCAAGAAUCUGUACACUCUGGAUGUGAUUGGAGAAGACAUAGGCAGUAACCUCAUUAAAUCGAGGGGUGGAGAAAACGUCCAACAUGAGAAGUUUGUGGAUGACCUACAGAAGCUUCGAGAAGAUUAUACCCAGAAAUUGGCAGCUGCAGACAUGGUGGAGAAGCACAUCAUUGAGGCUCGAGCUCGGGCCAUGGCAGAGGACGAAAGGAGCCUGACUAACAUCAAGACACCGAGUUUUAGCACUGUCUACUUGCCUCCAGUGAAGUCUGCCUUCAGGUGGUGCGUGGACAGUGAGCUGCUGAGGAAGAAUCAUUUGAUUUGUCCUGAUGACUACAUCCGCGACCCUUUGCCUUUCUCCAAAGGCCCUAAAGUCCGAGAAGACGUAGUCCCAAUAUGGUACAAGAUGACCUUUAGCUUCAAACAGCACAUUCAAGACAUAGAAGCUCAGAAGGUUUCAGAGAUAGCCGGGAAGAAAAAGAAGCUCCCAGCCAUCCCUUUGGAUGUGUCCUUGUCUACCCUGACAAAGUGCUCAACACCAGAAGUCAAGGCUCCCAAGAUUGCCAAGAAAUGGAGCCAGUCCAAGAACAAGAUGUGGAUGAAUCACUUAAACAUAAGCCAGAGGAACCGGGAGAGACAGCUUCUUACCCGAUUUGAGCACCAGCACAACUUCCUUAAGAAUCCACGCUUUUACCCACCCAACACUGUAAAUGGAGGCCGGUCUCUCAUCUUUCCUCCAAAGAAGACAGAACCAAUGGCAGAUGAACAGGGUGACAAGUUCAACGAGAGAAAUUUUGAUGAUGUUCCAGUGUUUCUAGCUAAGCCAGCAGUGGUGUUUUUUACUGAUUAUGUAAUUGGACCAGUUUAUGAGGUAAUACUGGAGCUCCAGAAUAUGACGUCCACCAGCCGCCACCUGAGAGUCCUGCCCCCUUCCACACGGUACUUUAAUGUUGGCUUAGGAAAGUUCCCGAGCAAAGGAGGAAUGGUGGCGCCUGGGAUGAUCUGCCAAUACACGGUCCGCUUUGCUCCUGACAGCCUGGGAGAUUUUGACGAUUUUAUUCUAGUGGAGACUCAGUCAGCCCACACGCUUCUGAUCCCCUUACAAGCCAGGAGACCUCCUCCAGUCCUGACACUGGCUCCGACCCUAAACUGUGGUUACUGCCUUGUUGGGGGAAUAAAAAUGACUGGAUUCAUCUGCAAGAACCUGGGCCUGAGCACCGGCAGGUUCUGCAUCAUGCCGAAGCCAUCCUGGCCGCCUCCUAGUUUCAGGGCUGUGGCCACCAUUGGCUUUGUCGAGUACGCUCCGUUCGGAAUUCUGCCAGCCGUGUUUGAGCUCAUGCCAGGACAGACGCUCUUAUUAGAGCUUUCGUGCAUGUGUAUAGCUUUGGCUUCACGUCUUCUGCCUUCCAAAACCCGCUGGAGUGGAGGACAACAAGCAUCCUUGGCAGAAAAGGUGCUGUUUCUUCCGACUUCCCUAGAGACUGUGACAAGAUCAUUCACCAUCGUGUGUGACAACUGUCAGACCAAAGAGAUCACCAUUUCCGGAACUGGUCAGCUGGUUGCCCUGGAACUUCUCUGCGUGUCUGGCGAAAUAAGCUACCCUCGGCCCGGGCAGCUCACAGACCUGACUUCUCAGCACUUCAUCCAGUUCGAGUCCCAGAACAUCCAGACCACCUCCUCGAAACGCCUCAUCGUGAGAAACACGACACAUGUAGCCCUGCCUUUUCACUGGCAGAUCGUGCAGCCCAAUUUACUACCCCUGCUGCCAGGGGAGACGUGGACCUCCAAGGACAUCCAGCACCACCCUGACCUAGAGACCGCCUUCUUUGUCACUCCCCAGAAGGGCGUCCUGCAGCCACACAUGGACCACGAGUUCAUCCUGAGCUUCUCUCCCGAACAGCUGAAAGAUUACCACAGCGUGAUCCAGAUUGUGCUAGAGGAGAUCCCGGACCCCAUUUGUCUAGAAAACAAGAAUGUGUAUGAAAUACCGUGUAUCAUGGAUGAAGUCAUUGCCCUGGAAAUCGAGGUGAAAGGCUCAGUCGAGCCCUUCCAGAUUCUCUUGGAGCCUUACGCCAUCAUCAUUCCUGGGGAGAACUACAUCGGAGUCAAUGUGAAGAAGGACUUCAAGAUGUGGAACAACAGCAAAUCUGCCAUCCACUAUACCUGGGGGAAGAUUAGCGACUGUCACAUCGUGGAAGUGGAGCCUCACACUGGAGUCAUAGAUCCCAAUGAAAAGGGUGAAUUUGAGUUGAAUUUUACUGGAGGCGUUCCUGGGCUGACAAGCCAGGAGCUUCCCUGUCAGAUCGAGCGCUCCCCGGUGCCAGUGGUGUUGCACAUCGAGGCUGCCUUCAAGGGGCCAACACUCGCCAUCAGUGUCUCAGCCCUGCAGUUCGGAUUGGUUAGACUGGGGAGUAAAGCCGUCACCUUUAUAAACAUUCACAACACAAGCCAGCUCCCAGCAGUGUGGAAGAUUCAAGAGAGCCCAACAUGCCUCGAGGAAAGGAAGGAAACGGUUUCCCUCUUCACCUUUGAACCAUCCCAGGGCCAUAUUCUUCCUUUGGGGACAGCCAAAGUAACGGUUCUCUUUGAAGCCAAAUGCUGCCAAAGCCUCCAGACAGUCUUAGAGCUGCAAGUGGAAAAUGGAGAUCCAAGCUACCUGCCAGUCUAUGUUGAAGUGCAGAGGCCUUAUGUCUACCUGCUGUCCAGCCAGCUCGUGUUCAGCGACAUGUACUUUGGCGUGUCCACCACGGCGACCAUCACACUCUUUAACGGGACCCUCCUGCCCACCAAGUUUCUGUGGGGGAAGCUUUUGGGAACUCUUUCUGCCCUCUGCCUGGUGGAGAUCAUCCCUAAAAGUGGCAGUAUGGGCCCCAAUGAGGAGAAACGUAUAACCUUGAAAUUUACAGCUUUCACUAUGGAGGAGCUGACUGACCUGGUCCUCCCGUGUCGCAUAGAAGGGAUGAAGAAAGCUCUUGUUCUGGGCAUCUCCGGGAAGCCCAAGGGGCUGGAUGUGACGUUCUCCAUACCCCCUGCUGAGGGCAGUGAGAACCAGGAGCCGGGCCGCCCUCAGGAGCUCUGCUUGGACUUCGGCUCCAGCGUUCCGCUGAAGAGUCUGCUGAAGCGGCAGCUGGUCCUCACCAACACUUCAGCGAUCAAAGCGUUAUUUUCCCUGGAAUUUGAUUAUUUUGGGGUCUCUGAAGAAAUCCUGAGCAAAAAACCGAAGCCCCCUGACGUGCCCCCUUCCCUGAGACGUUCAGUGAGGAUAGCCAAGUGCGUUGCCCGGAGAGACUUUCUAGACUCGUUGGAGGCUCUCUUGUCCAAAGGGAAAGGAGCCGCCUUCCUUUGUCACUGCUGCCAAGGAACCCUGAAGGCCUUCCAGACGCUGGUCAUUGACAUCACGGCAUGUAGCAACAUGUGGGGAGACUACCAUGACCAGCUCAUCUGCAAGGUGGGAGACCUGCCGCCAACCAUCAUCCCGGUCCACAUGGGCGUAGUGGGCUGCCCCAUCAUGUUGUUCAGGACGAGCCACCUGGCCGAAGAACCUCCCCAGGACCAAAUCAUCAGGUUUGGCACUAAGAUCUCUGGAGGAGACACCGUCUCCCGCACUCUCCGCCUGAAUAACUACAGUCCUUAUGACAUCAGACUAGACUGGGAGGUCUACAACCCCCAUGAGAGUGAGCACCACCUCCUGGACUUGUGCAUCCUGUACGGGAAGCCUUUCCCACUGCGCGACGCUGACGGGAUCGAAGUCGACUCCAAGUCAGCGCCCACGAGCGAAGCGCCCUUCGAGUGCAGCUACAGCCAGUCGUCCAGCUCCUCGGACAGCGAAAAAAUCUACGAGCCUCCAAAGCUGCUCGUUUCGGAGAGCGUCGACGAAGGCGUCCCGCUCACCGCCGAGGGGCAGCCCAAGAUCAUCUCGGUGAUCCUGAAGCCCCACGACGGCAUCCGCUCCAGCUUCCCCUACAGCGUCUCUCCCAAGCAGCUGGUCGUCCCGGCUGCCGGCAGCCAGAUGAUCUCGGUGUCCUUCACGCCCAUGACGCUGCCCGGCUCCGCGGGCAAGGUGGCGUGCAGCAGCUACGCGCUGGCCUACAUGAGCCUGGACAGCCAGGCGGCUCGCGAGGUCCCCGGAAAGGUGACGCGGCCGCAGAACUUCCACGCGCCGCAGUUCCGCCUCGACCUGCAGGCCUUCGUCCGGCCUACUCGGCUGAGCAUCGAGCAGGACUACCAGGGCGGGAUGGUCUUUGACCUGCAGGGCAGCGACCUCAUCCCCGACGACCCCCUCACAGGGGUGCUCACGGAGGUCAUGGCCACACACGUGCUGAAGGUCAACAACUUCACGGACGUGGCCCAUCGCUUCCGGCUCCUGGUGGCCGCGCCCUUCUCCGUGACCGGGAUCAACCCGGAAGAGAACCGGCAAACCUGGAACCAGGACGAGGAAGACGACGACGAGGACGAGGCGGGAGACCAGUUUGUGCUUUCCCCACAGCAGAACCUGCUGAUCGACGUGUCCUUCACGCUGUCCCUGGAGUUACUGACCUACCAGAAGCUGCCGUCUGACCAGAUGCUGCCGGGAGUGAAGAUCGUCCAGGACGAGGACGGCUACAAGAGGAUGGAGUUCAGCCAGAACCUGGUCUUCGAGUACAGCAAUAAGACCACGCAGGUGGUGCCCCUCCUGGCCAACGUGACCAUUCCAGCCCUGCAGCUCUCCACCAGCUGGGUAGACUUUGGCAUCUGUUUUGUGAAUGCCACCAGCAGCCUGGAGGUGAACCUGCUCAACCUGAGCCCCUGCAAAAGCCACUGGGUGGCCAUGACAGGUAAGAGCCCUGCCAUGUGGGAAGAUGCCCUCUGGGGGCCCUGGAAGGGCUGCCUGCAGCAGAUGCCGCGUGGGAAGGCCAAGGGGAGGGGGCCGGCCGGGGAGCCGCCCGCCCGGCCGUCUCCUCUCCUCUCCUCUGGCCACAGACAAACUGGAGCGGCACCAGGGCGUCUUCCAAGUCUACCCGACCAGCGGAAUCGUGGAGGCGCGCCAGGCCAACGGCCCCCCGUCCUCCGUCAGCCUCUUUAUCCACUUCACGGCCAGGAACAGCGGCACGUUCGAAGCCAUCGUGACGGUGGACGGCAUCCUGGGCGAGGCCUGCAUCUUGCACGUGUGCGGCCAGGGCUCCUACGACGAGAGAUACUAGAGGCCGGCCGCAGCCUGCACCGUGUUAAUAAAUGCAGAGAAUGCCUCGGCGGCGCCUCUCCUCAUUGCCAGGGACGCGCACGGGGUGGGCGGCCGAGAGGCUGCAGAGGCACCGGCUCACGGCCUCGGGGGGUGGAGAGGAGGAAACUGAGGCAGACAAGCCGGAGUGUGUAA